GCAACAUGGCUGCACUGACCCCCAAAAGAGAGCUGUCACCCGGGACUACAUCGUGCUGAUGCUGCUGCUCUUGCUGCUGCUGUUGUUGCUGAGAAGGAGGAGGAGGUCUGAAAAGGAUGUGGCACUUCUUGAGGAUUUACCCAGAGACAACAUCUUCUUCUAUAACGAGGAGGGAGGAGGGGAAGAUGACCAGGAGUAUGACCUCAGCUUACUCCACAGAGGGCUUGAUAACCGUCCUGAAGUCUUCAGUACUGAUGUUUCCCCCACUGUCCAAAGCCGACCAUGCUACCGCCUACAACCCCGAGCCAAUGAAGAGAUUGGCCAAUUCAUCGAGGACAACCUCCACGCUGCAGACGGAGACACUGCAGCUCCUCCGUAUGACUCUCUUCUGGUAUUUGACUAUGAGGGCACCGGCUCGGAGGCGAGUUCACUUAGCUCCAUCAACUCCUCAGAUUCAGACGAGGAGCAGGACUUUGAGAGCCUGUCCCACUGGGGACCACGUUUUACCAGGUUGGCUGACCUGUACACCAGCAAGACAGAGGAGGAUGAUGACACAGACACUCUGCCAGGAAAAACAGAAUGGGUUUAAAAGACCUUCACAGAUCCUCCAAAUAUACUUGUAUCUACCUCAGGCCCACAGUGAGCAUGUUGAAUUUUCCUGCUGCCUCCUAUGGAUUUGUUACAGCCUGGUUUUGUCCUGAGAUGAGAGACGCUCGUGCAUUGUGUUUAUAAAUGUGGAUUAUUU